GUGAGUGUGAAGUUGUACAUUUUCACUUCUGUAAAUGGGUGGAUGCUGAUGUGAAGCUAUUGUUUGCCUUUCGGUGAAUUUCACAUUUAUCCUCUCCAAACUUGGAAACUGCUGUUUUAUUCAAGUUUGCAUGAUUGGUGUUGUAGAUGCUUGUUGGUCAUGUUUGCACCAGGAUUGUGCCUGCUGUUUGUACUGAAUCACCUCAUUGUGGUCCGAACAAUAAAUCCCAUGUUCUACCCUUGCGAUAGUAACACUGUAAGCAAUGGAGACAUAUAUCUGGACUGCAAGCACAGAGACCUCACUAGCAUCCCUAAAUUUAAGUCUCUUUUUGUUAUCUCCCUCAACCUCAAUGAAAAUCUUAUUCAGCAAGUAAAAAGAGAGGAUUUCUCAGACAUUCCCAACCUCCAGCAUCUCACUUUAAUGUGGAACUGCCUACCAGGUCGUCUCAAGGCAUUGAGAUUACCUUCAUGCAAAGUUACUAUUGACCAAGAUGCUUUUAUUAAUCUCAAGAACCUGACGUCCCUUCAUUUAACAGGCAAUAGCCUCAAGACCAUUCCACUGCUACCACAACACCUUGAGGUUCUAGGAUUGGAAUUUAACAACAUUUUUCGUAUUGAACAGCCACUAAGAACUCCUUUCCUCAAGCAACUCCUGCUAGCUAAGAAUUGCUACUUCGCCAACCCCUGUAACGAAUCAUUUUUCGUUGACCCAAAGGUGUUUCAGGAUUUACCUGAGCUACAGAACCUCACUCUUGGCUUUAGUAAUGUGACAUCCGUUCCCACACAGCUGCCACCUUCACUGAAGAGUCUUGAUUUGAAGGAAAACAAGAUUACAGAAAUCACAGAAAAGUCAUUUGCAAACCUUACAAAACUCCGCUUCCUUAACCUGGAGUGGAACUGCCAAAGGUGUGACCAUGCAGCUCAACCCUGUUUCCCUUGCCCAGGUAAUGCAUCUUUGGGUUUACACCCUGAUGCCUUUUAUGAUCAGAGAGACUCUCUCAUCAACCUGAGCCUACGGGGAAACUCACUCCGUUCCCUUCCUAAAAACCUUUUUUCUCGACUGAAAAAACUUAAAACACUUGAUCUCUCAGACAAUUUCCUAGCCUUCAGUAUCCGUUCUGGCAUGUUUUAUGAGGAACUACAGAGUGUUGAGUCGCUAAACCUUCUCUACAACUAUCAGCCUCUGAAAUCCUUUCCAGAGCUGAUUUUGUCACCCUACAUUGGCCAGAUGAAGGCCUUGAGGAGGCUAUAUUUAAGUGGCUUUUUCUUCCACCAACUGUCCAACUAUAGCAUUGAGCCUCUGGUUAAACUACCAAAGCUGGAGUACCUUGACCUGCGCAUGAACUUCAUCAGUUCCUGCAAUGUCACUGCAUUCAGCCAGUUGACAGCCAUAAGAAUGGUUGUGCUUUCCCAGAACAUGUUGGCCUUUAACCCAUGCUACAAAGCCAGCACUACUGACAUACAGUCCAAUCUCCUGACCCUGAGUAGAUAUCAGAGAAACAACCACCUGCAGAUUCAAGAAACCCCCUACAUUAGGUCAGAGUUAGGAAUGAACUCUGUGCAGUGCAUUAAGGCAGACUGCCCAGUAGAUUAUUCAAUAAGGUAUUUCCAAAGGUGCUUCUGUUACAGGAAGCUCUUUUUUGACUUAUCUCAAAACAACAUUCCAUGGCUAAAUGCAAGUACUUUUAGAGGAAUGGAGAAAGCUGUGUGCUUAGACCUGUCCUACAACUACAUGAGUCAGACUUUAAGUGGCCAGCAGUUCUACCCUCUUACCAAACUAGUUUAUCUAAACAUGGCACACAACCGUAUUGACCUUUACUUUAACGAAGCUUUCCAGGAGCUCGGGAGCACGCUUAAGGUUCUUGAUCUCAGCAACAAUGAAUUCCACUUUCUCAUGAAAGGAAUAGGUCAUCACUUCACAUUCAUAAAGAACCUGACGUCACUAGUAGCUCUCAGUUUAGCAAACAAUAAUAUUGGCCUUCGGAUCUCUAAUACUCUUACUAGUACAUCUCUGAAAUAUCUCUGCUUCUCUGGCAAUCGCUUGGACAUCAUGUGGGACACCAGGGGAGAUCAGUACAUUCGCUUCUUUCAGGGGUUGACAAAACUUACAUACCUGGACAUCUCUGACAACCAACUCAGAUCAUUCUCCCCAGAGGCAAUGGUAAACCUUCCUCCAAGUAUUCGUGUGCUCAGGGUGGACUCCAAUCUAUUGAAUUACUUCCCCUGGGGCAACAUCUCAGUUCUCACUCAGCUCUGCUACCUUAACCUUAGUGGAAACUAUCUCUCUGACCUACCAGGCAGUGUUAUCCCUUUUGGACGUAACCUGUCAAGCUUGGACUUGAGUCAUAAUCGACUGAGUGCAAUUCCAGAGUCUUUCUUCAGCCAGGCAACAGCCCUUAAAGACCUCAGUCUCAGUCACAACCAGUUGAAGAUCCUAGAGAAGCAGGUUCUCCCUCCUUCAUUUACGAGUCUCAUUUGCACAACCUCUUAUAGAACAAAGAACUGCAAGUUGACAUUGCAUGCCAACCCUUUUACUUGCAGCUGUGCUACUUCUUGGUUUGCCGAGUUUCUGCGGGAAAGUCCUUUGUUUAUCCCGCACCUCACCACGGAUGUUCGCUGUGGUUACCCUGAGUCACAGACAGGAGUAAACAUCCUUUCCAUGGACCCUCGCUCCUGCCAGGAGAUUUUUGGCAAUAUCGCUUUUCUCUGCACCUUCCUACUUACUAUUGCAGCGACUGCAAUCCCCCUUUUGAAGCAUCUGUUUGGCUGGGAUCUGUGGUAUUGUUUCCAGAUACUGUGGGCAGGACACAAAGGCUACUCUCCAGUUCAAGGAGACAACAUGGCGGACAAUGAACAUGAUGCAUUUGUGGUUUUUGACACAAGGAACAAGGCAGUCAGGGACUGGAUCUACAAUGAAAUGGUGAUUCACUUGGAGACAAAGGGGAGAUGGCGGUUUCAGCUUUGUCUGGAGGAACGAGACUGGUUGCCAGGGUUGUCAUGCAUAGAGAAUCUACACAGUGCCGUGUACAACAGCAGGAAAACAGUGUUUGUGCUGACGAACCAUGGUGGCUGUACUUUGGUGAAUGGGAUCAUAAGACAGACUUUCCUCCUGGUCCAGCAGAGGCUGCUGGAUGAAAAAGUGGAUGUGGCAGUGCUGGUUCUUCUGGAUCCUCUUUUCCCUAAGCUCAAGUACCUGCAGAUGAGAAAGAGACUCUGCAGGAAGUCAGUUCUGUCCUGGCCCAAGAACCCUCGGGCCCAGCCUCUCUUCUGGAAUGACCUUCGUAUUGCUUUAGCCUCUGACAAUGUAAAGUCCUAUGAUAAGAAAGUCACAGAGAGCUUCCUGUCACAUGAGCUUCUCUAAGUCAGGGAACUGAGAGAUACUUUUCAUGUUAAAUAUAUUAAGCAAUUCAGAACUGCUAACUUGAUUAAAGGGAAAUUAUAGGAUGAAAGCAAUUACAUUUGAUGUAAAAAUGUCUGGCUACAACACAAUAGAAAUGUGUAUGUGUAUAUAUUAUACCUGAAAGCAAACUCACUGUAAUUUUAUUCAAAUUGCCAAUGCCAGUUUUAUGAAAACGAAGAAAUGGGUGGAAUAGGAUUGAAAUAAAAAUGCUGACUUCUUUCCAUUAGUAACAAAGUUAAUACAGUUGUAUACAAAAGUUUGAGUGUCCCUAAUCAUAUUAUGUUUUGUUCUAAGUGAAACUAAGUACACAUCCUCUGUGACCUACACAUUUGUGUGUUUUCCUGCACUAAUACACCCACAUCAGCUCAAAAUGGGCUUGGUAAUUAGCUGAUAAGUGGAAUCAGG